ACUUGAUUUCCGCGCUCUAUUUGUAACAGGAAUGGAAAGGAGACCAUCACAUUUCUAAUAAGGUGUGUUGGUUGGAAGCAGCAUGUCAUUCGGGGGUUUCGCCUUUGGAACCCAAAAAACUACAGCUGGGGCCCCUGCAGUCUCUGGGUUUGGACUGCAGGUGAGCACUGCAGGAGCUGGAGCUGGAGCUGGAGGAGGAGGAGGAGGAGGAGGAUUCCCUUUUGGCACUACUAGUCAGCCCCCAGCGCAGCCCCCAGCGCAGCCCCCUGGUUCCUCCUCCAGCUUCCUCGGACUUCUUAAUCAACAACCCGCCACAAGCAACGGUGUCACACAAGGUGGAUUCAGCUUUGGAACUCCAGCACAGAGCAGCUCUGCUGCAUCUGGCUUUGCGUUUGGCGGCACCUCCUCCACCCCUAAACUGGGCCUGGGUCUGCCCACGAGCUCUCAGCCUGCCGCCGCCGCCCCCCCCACCCUGGGCACGCAGGCCACGGCAGCCCCUGGCUCAGGCUUCACGUUUGGAGCUCUGUCAACACAGGCCCCGGCCCCGGCCCCGGCCGCGGCCCAGCCGUCUGGGGGGGUGUUCAGUUUUGGAACGCCCAAGGUGCAGGCCACAGCGGCCGCCCCAGCACAGCCCACCGCCACGCUGUCUCUGGGAGCCCAGUCCACCGGUCUAGGCUCCACUGCAGCGGUGUCAACAGCCUCUGCUACAACUCAAGGUUUCAGCUUUGGGAUUAAAACCGCAGCUCCCCCUGCACCUGCCACCAGCGCUCCUGCUAGUCAGGCCAGCUCUGUCCCAGGAUCCUCUCUGUUCGCCAUGCCCGUAACCUCGACUCCUGCGUCAGGCUUCACCUUGGGCGGGUCAACGAUAUCUGCAACUCCUGCGACCACUUCAGCCAGCGCUCCCACAGCCCUGCCAAUCAAACCUCAGGGAACGAUCACCACCAGUGCUGCCACUACAGCUGCAGCCACGACUGCGGCUACCACAGCGUUCUCUCUCGGCAGCCUGAAGGCUCCAGCCCCCACAGCCCUAACGACAACUAUCGCCCCGAUCUCCACGGCAACCACCACAACCAGCGCUGCGCCGGUCAUGUCCUACGCCCAGCUGGAGGCUCUGAUCAAUAAGUGGAGUUCGGAGCUGGAGGAUCAGGAGAGACACUUCCUGCAGCAGGCCACCCAGGUCAACGCCUGGGACCGCAUGCUGGUGGAGAACGGAGACAAGAUCACGGCCCUGCAUAAAGACAUGGAGAAGGUCAAACUAGACCAGAGAAGGCUGGAUCAGGAGCUGGACUUCAUUCUGUCCCAGCAGAAGGAACUGGAGGAUCUCCUGGGCCCGUUAGAGGAGUCUGUGAAGGAGCAAAGUGGAUCCAUCUACAUGCAGAACGCAGACGAGGAGAGAGAGAGGACGUACAAGCUGGCUGAGAAUGUGGACGCCCAGCUCAAGAGGAUGUCCCAGGAUCUGAAGGAAAUCAUCGAGCACCUGAAUACAUCCAGUGGUCCACCUGACACCACUGACCCGCUACAGCAGAUCUGCAAAAUCCUUAAUGCACACAUGGACUCACUCCAGUGGGUGGAACAGAACUCAGUUCUCCUACAGAGGCGUGUGGAGGAGGUGUCGAAACUGUGUGAGAGCCGCAGCAAAGAGCAAGAGAAGAGCUUUCGUCUUCAUUUCCAGUAACCGAGGAGGAGGGGGGGGGAAACAAACAAAGAAUUGACUUUUCUUUUGGGUUAAAAUGGCUAUUGUUUGGUAAUUCAUAGUGUAAUAAUAAAGAUGUGUACUUUUUAACCAA